UUUCGUUGCAUUGGGCAUUUCCCCUUGAUCUUUGUGCUUCUACCUAAAACACAUUAAGUAACUUACUGUGGGACAAAGGUUGACUCCCUCCCACUUCUAUUGUACCUCACCCUGCCUUUGCUCUGUAGCCAUUUUCCUACUGUCUGCCUUGUCAGCACAGCCAAAUAAAGGGGGAAGAGAUUUGCCAACUUAUCAGAGGCAUGGAUAUGGCAGACAUGCGUCCAUUUUCAGCAGAUGAGCAGGGACCAGCGAAUCACCGUGACCUAAAUGAGCCACUAAUCGACCACUCAGAGGGCCAACACUUCCUGAAUGAAGCCUUCAAAAUAAUUAUAGAGGAGGUGCUCUGCAAGGGCACAGACGUCAAGCAAAAGGUAUGUGAGUGGAAGGAGCCGGAGGAGCUGGCUGUGCUGCUGGAUCUGGAGCUGAGGCCGACGGGAGAGCCACAACAGCGGCUCCUGCAGAGAGUUAAAGAUGUCGCCAAGUACAGCAUCAAGACAAGUCAUCCUCGUUUUUUUAAUCAGCAGUUUGCAGGAGUGGACUAUCACGCCCUGGCUGGACGAUUCGUCACUGAGGCUCUCAACACUAACCUCUUCACAUAUGAGGUGGCCCCGGUGUUUGUGCUGAUGGAGAUGGAGGUGCUGAGAGGGCUGCGGCAGCUGGUUGGCUGGACAGAAGGUGAUGGUCUUUUCUGUCCUGGGGGGUCUACCUCUAACAUGUACGCUAUUAACCUCGCACGCUACCGACUCUUCCCAGAGGUCAAAAGUCAGGGGCUGUGGGGUCUCCCACGACUUACCAUCUUUACAUCUCCAGAGAGCCAUUACUCUGUGAAGAAAGGGGCUGCCUUUCUGGGCAUUGGGACAGAGAAUGUCGUCAUGGUGAACGUGGAUGAUGGAGGCCGCAUGAUUCCAGAGGACCUGGAUGAAAAGAUAAAACUGUCAAAAUCUCAGGGUGCAGUGCCCUUCCUUGUAAGCUGCACAUCAGGGACCACAGUGCAGGGUGCAUUUGACCCACUGGACCGCGUAGCUGAUGUCUGUGAGAAACACAAGCUCUGGAUGCACGUAGACGCUGCCUGGGGAGGGAGUGUGCUCUUCUCCAAGCAACACAGACAUUUGAUGAAAGGGGUUGACAGAGCAAAUUCAGUAGCCUGGAAUCCACACAAGAUGCUGGUGGCCGGCCUGCAGUGUUCUGCCCUGCUGCUACAGGAUACCACGAACUUGUUGAAGAAGUGCCACAGUGCCAACGCCACAUACCUCUUCCAGCAAGACAAAUUCUAUGAUGUGAACCUAGACGUGGGGGAUAAGUCGGUGCAGUGCAGCCGCAAGGUCGACUGUCUGAAGUUGUGGUUGAUGUGGAAAGCUGUUGGCUCCACUGGCUUAGCCCAGCGUGUGGACAAAGCUUUUGUUCACACAAGGUAUCUGGUGGAGCAGAUGAAGAAAAGAGAAGGGUUUCAUCUUUUGCGUGAUCCAGAGUUUGUGAAUGUAUGCUUCUGGUUCAUACCACCCAGUCUGAGGGGGAAGGAAGGAGAUGCAGAUUACCAGGACAAACUGGCAAAAGUAGCUCCGGUAAUCAAGGAGCGCAUGAUGAAACAAGGCACUAUGAUGGUGGGCUACCAACCUUUGGGAAACAAGGUCAACUUUUUCCGUGUUGUUGUUUUGUCUCCGCUGAUUUCGCAGAAAGAUAUGGACUUCUUCCUUGAUGAAACUGAAAGACUGGGAAACGACUUGUGAA